UGCGCUCGAGUGCUGACGGCCGUUCGUUUUCGAAUUUAUCGAUCGCUUAGCCGGCUUGCCGCCCAGUAGGCGCCAAUGUCGUUUUGUCCGUGUGCCAUUACGUUUUCGGUUCCGCGUCCAAAGACGUUAUGCGAAAUGAAAUUGAGCCACGAGAUAUUUAAGGCUAUAUACUUCAACGAUUUAAAUAGGCUCCAGGAGAUAUUCAUUAACUAUAACCUUUAUACGUGGAACAUACUGGACAAUCAUGGCCUGGCACCGAUACACUACGCGGCGCACCGAGGCAGUUUGGAGAUCGCCAUAUGGCUCUUGGGCGAAGGCUCCAAAGUUAACUAUGGACAAUUUGAACAACAAAAUUCACCGUUGCAUUUGGCCGCAAUUAAUGGCCACAUUGAGGUGUGCAAGCUAUUGUUGAAAUCUGGCGCUAUGAGAAGUGUCACCAACUACCUUGACCGCACCCCGGCUCAAAUGGCCGCUGAUCAUGGCCAUUUUGAAUGUGCAACAUUUAUCAACAACUAUGUGCCCAGAGAAGAAGUUACAUAUUACACAUUACCGGAGUUCACUGGCAGCGAACCAAAGUUGCCACCCGCAUUGGCUGAACUUUUUUACAAAUUUGUUACGAUGACUAAUAUCCAUCCAGUGAAAGUGGUUUUUGAAUUACCUCCUGUUUUUCUGGUUAAUGGUAAUGCAUUAAAGAUUGUCGAAGUGUUGCACUUGAUGAGCAGGCGUAUAUUCAUCAAGAAAGAAGAGCACACGAGUACAAAAGAAAUGCUGUCUUUUAAAUUUCAUUAUCUGGCUACUAUUCUGUUUGAACUUGCUGAACCCAAUGAUAAUACAAGUCAGACAGAUCCCAAGGCUGUGUUUAUACAGAAAAUAUCCAAGAGCAAUAAUUAUUUGGAACAGUUUCUUCAUGAUUGUAUCGUAAAGUUUUCCUUCAAGGAUUCUACACUUUUUAGAAGAAUGGUAUCUUAUAUGACACAAGGAAUGGAUAGCAUGCCACACCUUGAUAUUAUACUAUUGGUGGUUGGAAAUAAAUAUGCUCGGAGUGUGCAAUCAACUAACAUACUGCCCAUAAUAUGUGGUGCAUGCGAAGAAAUUAAUGCUUCAAAAAAAUGUCCUAAAUGCAAGACUGUGCAGUAUUGCAACAGCGAGUGUCUACAUAUUCAUGCAGCUAUGCACAAAAAAAAAUGUAAGCAAAUACGCGAGGACAACAAUGUUUCUAACGAGACUUCAAUUUUAGAUAAGUGCCUAUCUAAACUGAGGAUCAAAUAAAUUGAAACCAAAACAAUUAAAGAAACAACGUAUAGUAGUUAUAUUAUGGUUACUCAUAAAAUAUUAGAUGGUUUAUUGGUUCAGUUACAUAUAAAAUG